GCAGCGCGAGCGGCGGCCCGCUGUGCCAGGGGGCGGCGCCGCCGCAGCGCCGCGCGGGGGCGGCGGGCCAAAAGCUCGGGUGGCGCAGCCGCAGGGCGAGCGGUGGGGCUUCUGGGAGGAGCCGGCGGCAAAGCCCGGCGUGGCCGUGCGCUUGCUGGUCGCCGGCGAGGAGGUGCGAGGCCACUGCGGGUCCCGGAGGGAGGCGGCCGCCUUCCAGGCCGAGGCGCUGUCGUCGCGACUGGGGUGGCCGCGGAGGCCGCUGGGCGCGGAGCCCGACCGCGACCCGGUCUGGGACCACCCCGCCGAGCUGGAGGACGGCAAGGACUACUGCUUCUGCGAGUGCGCGGCACGUGGGGACGGCGCCGGGCCCGGGGCUCUGGGCCUCGACCAGCUGAGGAGGUUCGACGAGCAGGGCUUCCUCGUGGGCCUGCCCGUCCUCGGCGCCGGGGAGCUCCGCGAAGUCCGCGCCGAGUUCGACGAGCUGCUUGCCUCCAGGGUGGACCGCGCGACCUCCGACGACGCCCGGUUUCGGUCGGCGCACACGCUGUCUCGGCCUCUGCACCAGGACCUCGUGGCCCGGCUCGCGUGCCACGAGCGUGUGGUGGCCAUUGUCCAGGACCUCCUGGGCCCCACUUUCGUGUGCUGGAGCGCGCACCUGUUCUGCAAGCUGCCCGGCGACCCCACCGAGCAGCCGUGGCACCAGGACGCCGGCUUCUGGCCGCUGACCAGGUCGCGCGCCCUGACGCUGUGGCUCGCGUUCGACGACGUCGACGCCUCGAACGCGGGCAUGACCUUCGUCGAGGGAAGCCACCGUAUCGGACGGCUGCCCUGGCAGCGAACCGAGACAGAGCACCAUCUGCUGACGCAGGAGUCAGGGGGCGGCCUGGCCGACCCAUUCCGCGACGACCCCCUCGCCUCGCUCCAAGACCUGGGCAGGCAGCUGGAGGGCGGCCUCGAGGGCGGGGGGGGGGGUCGUCACGGCAGGGGCCCGUCGCGGAAGAAGGAGGUCGGGACGCGCCCGCGAAGGAGAUUCCGGACGUCGACUUGCUCGGCAGGCUCCACCAGGUCCAGCUGCUGGCUGGCGAGUGCUCCGUGCACUGCGACCUCACGGUGCACGGCAGCCCCGGCAACCGCAGCACCCGAAGGCGUGCCGGGCUGGCGCUCCGCUACGUCGGAGCCGACGCCCAUCGGACGGGGCCAGGGCGAGGAGUAG